UGCGCGACGAAGCGGUGGGAGGGAGACGGUAACUGCGACACGGCUGAGAGCGGAGCGAGCGAAAUCGGGCACGGUGCCCUCUCCAACCCAGUCAGCCAUCCAUUCAUCCCGAGUGGCGUGGCGGGGCGACUGUCCACCAAACAUGAGGAUGUCGAAGAGAGGACACCGCUUAGCGAGAGGAAGCGGCGCUGGGGGUGAUGAGGAGGAGCAGGCUCGGCUGCCGCCGGUCAGGAAUCCCUUUGUACAUGACAUCCGCUUCUCGGCGCUGCAGAAAGUGCAGAUAGCGAUCAUGACCGUGACUCUGUUCCCGAUUCGUCUUCUGCUAGCUGCUUUUAUGAUGUUGCUGGCUUGGCCAUUUGCAUUCCUUGCUGCAUGGGGGCGUGUUGAAAAAGAACCUGAAAAACCAAUGAAUUUGUGGCGGAAGACAUUGGAUUUUUUGCUGAAAGUGAUUAUGAGAGCUAUGUGGUUUGCGGGUGGCUUUCAUUGGAUGAGUGUAAAGGGGCGCCGUGCUUUGCCCACAGAAGCACCUAUAAUGACAUUAGCACCACAUUCUUCAUACUUUGACGCAAUUCCAGUUACCAUGACCAUGGCUUCCAUUGUAAUGAAGGCAGAAAGCAAAGACAUUCCUAUAUGGGGAACCUUAAUCAAGUACAUUCAGCCAGUCUUAGUGUCUCGCUCAGAUCAGUAUUCUCGCCGGAAAACAGUUGAAGAAAUAAAGCAAAGAGCUCUGUCUAAUGGCAGAUGGCCACAGGUAAUGAUAUUUCCAGAGGGUACGUGUACUAAUAGAUCCUGUUUGAUCACCUUCAAACCUGGUGCAUUCAUUCCUGGAGUUCCUGUGCAACCUGUAGUCUUGCGUUACCCCAAUAAAAUGGAUACAAUCACUUGGACGUGGCAAGGACCUGGAGCGUUAAAAAUCCUUUGGCUCACAUUGUGCCAGCUACACAAUAAUGUGGAAAUGGAGUUUCUGCCAAUUUAUACGCCUUCUGAGGAGGAAAGGAAAAACCCUAUUUUGUAUGCAAACAAUGUCAGAAAGGUAAUGGCAAAAGCUCUUGGUGUUCCUGUUACUGACUACACAUUUGAAGAUUGUCAGCUUGUAAUGUCUGACAGCCAGCUGAAGCUUCCUGUGGAUACCUGUCUACUAGAAUUUGCAAAGCUUGUCAGAAAACUCAAUUUAAAACCUGAUAGAGUUGAAAAGGAACUGGAUGGACUUGCAGAAAGUGCCAAAAAUGUGAAAGGAAAACGGAUAACUCUGGAGACGUUUGCUGAUUAUUUGAAGUUGCCAAUUUGUGAUGCAUUAACAGAUAUGUUUUUACUUUUUGAUGAGAAUGAAAAUGGAACAAUUGAUAUCAGAGAGUAUGUGAUUGCCUUGUCUGUAGUAUCAAGACCAUCUAAAACACAUGAAACUAUUAAGUUGGCAUUUAGGAUGUAUGAGUCAGCUGAACAAACUAUAACAGAAGAUGACCUGGCCUGCAUUCUGAAGACUGCUUUGGGAGUAAAUAAGCUUGAUGUGUCAAACUUAUUUGAGGUUAUUGAUGCUACUCAGAAGGGGAAGAUCAGUUAUAUGGACUUCUGCAAGUUUUCAUGUAUGAAUCCCGAUUAUGCUGAGGAGUAUCUUUACUUGGACCAGAUGAUGGGCUUCUCAGGCUGCAUGGAAAACCAGCUUGUUCCUACUGCAAAUGGAUUUUGCACAGACUUCUCACCUGAUGACCAAGAGGAGGAGAAAGAAGAUAGUACCUUGGCUAAAAAGCUUAAUUAACUCCUUGGAUAUGAUCCUUCUCCUGGUGAGAGGGGUGGACCAAUUUAGGGCACACACGUUACUUCUGUUGACCUGACUCAAUAUCCUUCCUGUAUGAACUUACUGCCAUUUUCCUGUACUUAUCAUCUCUCCAGUAUAAUAUCUGAGUUGAGCUUGGUUUUAAACACAAAUUUAAAUGUCAUUGGAAGCCAAGAUUGUGAAGAUGCUUAUUAUUUGUACCUGUACUUGAAGGGAACCAAGCACCUAUUUGUUCCAUUUUCAUGUUUAUGGUAUGUGUGUUAUGGUGACUAUGCAUGUUUAAAACUUGUAGCCGCAAUUGUGCUAACGCAUUUUGUUUUUCUGUUUCUAGUCCAUUUAUCUUGUAUUUGCUUCAUUUUAUCACACAGCAGCUUUUGAAAAAAUGUUUGCAGAAGAUGGGAGUAAUCAUAUUUUCCUACCAGUGUUACAGUGUAACAAACUUUUUUGGCAUGGUGCGUUCUGUUCUCUAAUGAUGUGACAACUAGGAUAUUGUUGCUUGCUUAAUGUUUUAAGCAUCAUCAUUCUGCUCCUUGCUCUUGCUGUAAUAACUGGACAGAGGAAAAUGUUUCUAAUGUGAAUGAAGUAUAAAGGACAACAUGAGGGAAUGCAUUAGUGUUCAUAUUAACAUUUGAUUAAUUUUCUGAAUGUAACUUCACAGUUAUUUCCAUUACAAUUGCAUAGGAAUUAUUUUUAAAGUUUUGUGUUGCUAUUUUUAAUGUAACAAUGUGAUGGAAAAUACUUGAGGGUAAUUAUCCCAUAUAAUUCAGUCGGCUAAUUGUUUUUAGCAUUGAGUCGUAUGGUUUUAAUUGAUCUGGUAAUAGAAUACAUUAUCUGAUGUGUGCAAAUACCAUAAAGCAAAUUAACUUGAGAAAGGAACAAGAAAAUAAGUAUAAUGGACCAAUAAGCAGAUGACAUAUGAAACAAACUAAAUAUCAAGAUUUUGAAUGAGAUGAUGCAUGCCAAAGCCUUAAUGGUUUGUGCAGUAUGUGAAAAUUGCCACCCUGUCUGCAACUUGGGAAGGAAAAGUUAUUUCUCUGAUUCUAAAACCAAAUAUAAGAAUCAUUGAUGUAUGUGCUAACCAGGAGCAUUGCAUAGUGUAAUUACUAUCUGGCUCAUUUGUAUGAAUACUUGUCUAAUUAUUGUGUAAGGCUACCUAUGUUGAUUUUUUAAAAAUUUAAAGCUUGAAAGAAAGGAAGCAACAAGAAAUGAUGUAUGUCUGCUAACUUAAAACGGAAGGGAGAAUACAGUUAAAGUUUCAACGGUACAGAUUAUAAAGGAGAGUUGGAAAUCUUGGACGUGACUUUUUUUGUAAAGGAGUAAAUAGAAAUUCCACAAAAUAAAUUGCCAAGCCACAGAAUAUUAAACUUAAGGGAGAUAUAAAUGAUAUUUUAAAUCUAGCUGAUGCUGCUUCAUGUUAUGUCGUAUAGCUGAUUCUGUUGAAAAUAACCAUACACAUUAUGACUAAGACCAUUCCUGAGAGAACUGUAUUUUUUAAUGUGGCUAUAUGUUUGGUUUACGGCUAACAGCCACGGAGAACAGUAGGUAAAAGGAUGCCACAUGUAUAAUAGGCGGACUUUCCCAAAAAAGAGGUCGAAUCACAAGAUGUUAUUCCAUUGAGGAUUAGACUGGUCAUAGUUAUUGCUGCUUCAACUUGGAAAGCAGAUGGAACAUAUGAUCUGCAUCAAAAGAUCAUCCUCAGUCUGGCAAAUUGCUGUUAUCUAGAUACAGUGGAAAUUUACAUAGCUGGGUCAGUGUUGGAUUGAUACGCAGUAUUGAUUGGCUUGGUCCCCUUUGACAUCUGGGAAUCGCACCUUACAAGUGUUCAGGGUGGGACGAUGGUCAUAAGCCUUGGAGUAUUGCAGAUUUAACACCACUGCCAGAGAAAAUCGGGUCAAUUCUGGGAUGCUGAUGUUUCUGCUGGAUAAAGUGGAAUGAAGAUAUAUAGUUUGUUUUUGAUUUUCCUUUGAAUGAAGUGAGAAAGGGGGGGGGGUGUGUUUAGAUUGCAAAGUUAUAAAAUGGAGAAAACUAUUUCCAACAAGGGUACAGAAAUUGAACUUUUUCCCCUUGAAAGGUGUUUGGUCUUUUCUUAACUGUGUCUCUUGUCAAGUUUGUUUGCCUUGUAGCAUGUAAGAUUAGACGGUUUGAAAGCAAAGUGCACAUGUUGAUGUUUGUAAGGAAAAUUAUGAUUCAUUUAUGUCUAAUUUCUGUUAGAAUGGUGAAAGUACAGGAGUACAGGAAACCUGCAUUUUACCCAUACAGAUUGAUUUUACACAUCCAUUCCCGUUAUUGUGUGAAAUAAAUAUCCUAGGUAAACUCUGCCACUUUACCUUACAGUUAGCUUUUUAGUUUCUUUUUUUCCCCCUCCCAUGGUGCAAUUUUAUUCAGUGGAUCUAUAUGUAAACAGUGUUUGAAAAAAUAUUACUACAAUGCUUUAGGAGUGGUAAAAUGGCAUUGUGCUAGCUUUAAACCUAAUGUCUGCUCUUUAUCUCAUUAUAAAUGCUGUUGUUGAUUCAAUCCUUUUGGCUGAAUGAUGGCGUAUAAUAAUAGAUACCCUGAAGCCAAUGAAUAGGACACCUACAGCUCAACUUGCUUAGUCUAUCAGUUUAAAGUCUUAGAAAUCAAUAUGGAACUAGAGUAAGUUAAUGCUGAGUAAGAGCAGUUAACUGAGAAUUAUGCUGAAGCUCGUUAUUUAAAACAGAUGUGUAUUUUGAAUUUUGGAUAAUGUUACAGAGGAACAAUUCAAAGUUAGUUGUCAGGAUGUUGUUUUGAUGUACUAUAUAACACACCGUCUUGUUGAACUCCUGUUGGAUGAUAUGAAGCAUUUAUUGAUGAACAUCCAGCGGUGUUAACAUAACCAUUGACAUUAUCGGGAAAAUUUUCAAACUAAUGUAGGAGAAAUCAGAAUUAUGGAUACUGUGAUGAAAGACAUUAGUAUAAUCCUACUGAAUAAUACGCAUUGGCACUGCCACUUGUAUAAUCAAAUAGUCUUCAAAAUUAAUUGCAACUGUUGCAUAAUUAUGAUUAAUAUUUUUAGAGUUAAUAUAUGCAUGUAAAUCCUUCCAUGUGAAUAAUGGUGAAUCAGAUCAAAAGUUAAUAAAUCUUGGUGCUGUACACAUCAUAUUCAGUGUUGAAGAUGUUGAACUUAAGAUUCUUUUUGAAAUCAGGUUUGUGGCUUAUGGAAAAAAUACACUCCAGCACAAUAUUUAAUGAGCCUCAAUGAGGAUUACAGUGCAAUGGGAAGAAUUUGGAUUUGUCCAACUUUGUGGAUAAUUCCAGAUAAAGCAUUAAUUGUUUUUGCGAUAUUCUUCGAAACGUAUUGUACUCUUUGAGGACUUUUUGACUUUAUUUUGUAUGUACACUUACUGAACAGCUAUUUCCAAUUACCCUUUUAUAUAUUUCUGCAAAGGGUGACUGGGUCACAUGAUUUUGAAACCUGGGGUCAGUACAAUUUCACUGUAGUGAGAAUGAAUGUUUCCAAUCAUGAUCUAAAAAAUUAAGAAAAAUUCUGAAAGUUGGGCAUUGCUUAUUAUGAAAACUGGUCACUGUAUCAACACAGGGAACUGAAGAUUUACACUCAACACCCCGUGAUUGAGAUUGUUGGGAUUAUAGCUGAAAGGAGAUAAUUUACUUGUAUUUGAAUUAACUUCCUUAAGUGACUGCAUAAAUGUAAAUCAUGUAAACAUUUACAGAUUUGUAGUUUACUGUGUCUUAACUGCAGAACAUGUGUGUAAAUGACAUAUUAAUAACAUUUACAGCAUCAGUAUGUAAUUCCAUUAUCAGACAUAGGCCACAUUGGGUUUUGUAAGCUUUUUAAUGUGUAUAUGUCUGUCAAAAAAUACCUCAGUAGGCAAGCUAUCCUGUGUUCUUGGUUGUCUUUGAAAGGAAUCAUGAAAUGUGCAGAAGGCUGCUUUUUUACUACCUGUUUACUGCUGUAUUUUACAUUUACCUUGAACAAAAUUGAACAUUUUACUUUGAGUUCAAGUUUCACGAUGGAUUAUGUAUGAAAACCUGUUGCAAUAACUGAUCAUAUUUUUCCAAGUUUUCAUUGUACAUAAAGGGAUUACUGCUCAAACUUA